CAUCGUUCGUUUGUUGCCAGCACCCAGCAGUCUCGGCUGUGACAGGAGAAAAAGUCUGGGGGCACGAGAUCAGCCCUGUUUGAAGGGCAUAACCGCAGGCAUAUAACGGCAAACAGGCGACCCUGAGGAUUGAUCCGUGAAUUUGGAGACAUUUUUGAUCCAGGGAACAAUUCAUCUGCAAGAAAUCAUCCUUCGCAUAAAGUUUUGAAUAUCCAAAUACCCGAAAUCGUGCCUGAUAAGUGCGCGGCUCGCUGCGGUCGCGCAUACGAUUGUUACGACGCGAGCUCAACAAAAUGGCUGAUAUCUGGAAACAAAGCGUUGUAUGCCGGUACUUUGUAAAUGGCAUCUGUCGGGAAGGAAAUAAUUGCAGAUACCAACAUGUUCAGGGCGCAAGACAAGAUCCGGCCCCCAGUACUGCAGCAGCAGACCAAAAUACUUCACCCAACACAGGUCCAUGCCGUUUCUUCAAACAGGGCUCAUGCAAGUUCGGUAGCCGAUGCAAAUUUAGGCACUCUUCUCGCGACGAACCUGCGCCUUCUACCGCUGGCGCUUCGUCAUCUCAUACUAAAACCACUGCUCCAAGCAAGAUGACAAAUUUUUUACCAGAAAAUAAUGGUAAAGAGGAGCGUCCACGUGCAGAGGAAUGGGUGAAAGCGCCAGAAUUCGUUCCCUCGUGCCUGUCAGCUGCGUCAUCCUCAACUUCAGAAUCAGCUAGCACCUCAGCCUCAACCUCAACACCUUUAUCUUAUGCCCAGGCAUUAAAUCCUCAUGGCCAAACCUCGAAUCCAGCCUCUGAACCUCUUUGUCCGUAUGCGGAGGCCAGCGGUAUCUGCAAAAAAACAGACUGCACAUACCUGCACGGAGACAUGUGCGAACUGUGUGGCAGAGCUGCUCUGCAUCCGCACAAUGAGGAACAUCGAAAAAGACAUACAAAUGCCUGCGUCAAACAGCACGAAGUCAAUAUGGAGUUGUCGUUUGCAAUUCAGAGAAGCAGAGAAAAAUCGUGUGGUGUUUGCUUUGAAACGAUUAUGGAAAAGUCGUCGCGAGAACAGAGAUUUGGUAUAUUGCCCAACUGCAAUCACUGCUUCUGCUUGACCUGCAUAAGGAAGUGGCGGCAAGCUAAACAGUUUGACAAUAAAAUUAUCCGCGCUUGUCCCGAGUGUCGCGUCGCGUCUGACUUUGUCUGUCCUAGCAUGUAUUGGGUUGAUACCAAGGAAGAAAAGGAAAAACUGAUCGUCGAUUACAAAGAAGCAUUAAGCACCAAGGACUGCAAGUAUUUCAACAAGGGUCGUGGAAAAUGUCCCUUUGGUAAUAAGUGCUUUUAUCUACACGCCUUGCCAGAUGGUACAAAAACAGAUGUCGGACCGCCUGUGCGGCACCAUCGCUAUGCCGAUGCUGACAUAGACUUUCUACAACAGAUGAUCUUGUGGGACUUCCUUGACGAGCGAGAUAAUCGUUGGAUGUAUAGCAUUGACGACCUGGAAGAAAUCGUUGCCUUUUUCUCUGAUUCCGAAGACUCCGAUUGGUCAGAGUAUGAAUUAUUUUUUGAUUAGUUCACAGCCGCUACCCUAAUCUUCGUCUUCUCAUUUAAUUUCGUGUUAAAAUUAACAACCACAUCGUAGUUAUAACUUUCUGCGAGCCAAAUUCAAAUACCUACCUUGCAACCAUUGCUGUUAUACUUGCUGCCGUCAAAACUCUACAAUUU